CUGCAGGAGGAUUUUGAUACAUUUCUCAAGGAAGCAGGCUCAACACUUGUUGUUGUAGACUUUUAUGCUGAUUGGUGUGGCCCUUGCAAGAUGAUAGCUCCAAAAAUUAAGGUACUAAUAAUUUACGUCAAUUUAGCCAGGCCUAAAAGCCGAGCUGCCAUGGAUGUGCUUGAAAAAGAAAAGAACACAACCACAUUAACAUGACGAUGCCUUUAUAUAUGACCAAUGACUGACUUUAAAUAUAUGGGAUCUUCAAAAUUUUGCUUGUUUUAUGAUCAGUCAAAUGUCUGGCAAGAUGUGUAAAACACCAAGCAUUCAGGUGAUGUGUGUGAUUCGUGGAAGAUUGAUAAUGACUGUGUACUUGUCACUGCAUAUUAUUCUUAGUUCUAAUUGCUUAAUACCACAAUGUGACACCAUUCUGCAAAUUCGCAAGGUUCAUUCAAGCUCAUAGAUCCUGGCAUGUCAGUAAAAACCCAUUGUAAGAACCCGCUGUGGUUUAACAACAUGCUGGCAGGAAUUCUUACUGGGUUUCUACUGUAGUUUUUCAGAAAGUGAUAGAGUCAAAUUUGCACUGAAAUUGUAAUAUGGACAGGAUCGUUUCUGUUACAGGGUUUUGCAACGGAGUUUAGUGGAAAGGUAUAUUGUGCAAAAGUCAAUGUGGAUGAAAAUGAUGUAAGUAAGAAGACAAGCUGCUCUGUAGCAAAUUUCCCAGUGUUUGAAAUAUGUAAUAUUUAUUAUCUCCUUCCUGAGAAUAUGUAUUAUGAUACUAUCUGUCUUGUUAUUGGCUAAGAGCCUAUGGUUUAGUCUGGAAAUCAGUGCACCCUAGCAGGAGAACUGAAUAACGUUUGUUUCAAAAGUAAUAAAUUGUGUUUGAUGUCACAGUGUAUUGUAGCUAUUAAAUAAUGUAUGAUCAAACGAUAAAUAUUACCAAAUUCAGAUUUUGUGAUAUCCAGAAUAAUCGUUAUCAGCUGAGGCUGAUAACACUUACCAAGACCUUGAUUUACUGAAUAUCUAAUCACAAAAACCUCAUUUAAGAAUCCUUUCAAUGGGAAAAAAAUGAGAUCAUUAUACUUUUCCUGGGCUCAGUACUUUGUUAUUAAGACUGCAGCUGUAUAGCUGAAAUCUUUACACUCUACCUCGUGGAAAGUUAUUUUUUCUCAACCUUUUUCUUCUCCGGGUGCAAAGAAGGUCAGUUUUUUAGCCUGCCAUUCGGGCAAGCUGUAGCUAGCAUGUAGUAGCCUACAAGUCAUUUCAACUAGUCCCCAAACUCUUUUUGAUUAGCAGGAUUGAUUACAAUCCUUCUGUAAUUUGAAUUUCCCAAAAAAAACAGCACUUGCCCUUCAGGCAAGUUAAGAUAAAAAAUCACUAGCCCGAUGGCAAAUCCACUAGCCCCGGGCUAUCGCACAAGACUUUCUUUGCACACUGCUUCUUAUGGUAAAUAAGUAACAGCAAGUCAUGUUGUCCAGUUCUGUCUGUAAUAAUCAUACCAUGAUAAAACAGAUCACCCCUGCUACAUGGAUGUCUGUUUUUGUAACCUAUGAUUACAAGCUGCUCAAUCAAGCUUCAUUCAAUUCUUGAAUUUAAGCAUUGUUUUCAGGUGUUGGAAUAUCAGAUUAUAAACAAACGUUUUCGAGUCUUUGAUCAAGUUUCUGAAAUAAUCGUGAUUAUUUUAUUCUUGGGGAAAUUCUCAAUUAAGUUAGUGGUCAAAAUAUUUGUCAAUUUUGAAGUAGACCUUUAGGUUGGUGACUUAUUCUACCCUCAUACAGUAAAAGCCCACAUAAAAACCUAGUGAUUUAAGAGCCUACAGUCUGAAAGUUGGCAUUUAAAUACUUCCCAAAAUAAGAACCUGUUCAGCCUGGAAAAGAAAAAUAGGUUCUUAUACAAAGAAGUCACCCCAAUUUUGAUCAUCAAAAUUCUGUAGUUUAAUUGUGUGAGAAACUUCUGACAAAAAGUUGUUGGGUAUAUGUUUUCUUUGAUUUAUGUUUGUUUGGAUUUUCACAAGAAAUCUGUUUUCCAUAAACCAUUAUGUAUCAGUAGGACAAUUUUUCUGCCAAUGGUUACACUACGACAACCUCUGAAAAAUAAGAACUUAUUAAGAACCUAAUCAGCCUGAAUUGUAAAAAAACUACCCUAUAGUAUAAGAACCUGUUCAGCCUGACCUCGAAAAUUGUAGGUACUUAUAUGUGGGCUUUUACUGUAUUGUAAAUGAUUUGUGAAUUUUGAGUUCACUCUACAGUCAGCGAUGAUUGUUAUUGUUAGCUGGUGAAUAAAUUCUUGAAAUACUUUAUUCUUUAUGAGGCUAUCUCAUGCAGUAUGAAGAAUUUCUCAUUCAUGGUAUUACACAGCCAGUGCAAGCAUAUUUUUGGCUUCAAUAUGUUUGCAGUUUACAUUUUAAUUGUAAUGAAACAUUCUCUGGAAUAAUGUUGGAUGAGGUUUGAAAGGGCCCUUACUUUUUUUGUAACAGGAAACUGCUGAAAGUGAGGGAAUUUCAGCCAUGCCUACUUUCAAGCUCUACAAAGAUGGCAAAAAGGUACAA